UUCUGUUGCGACGUUGUUUUCAAUUUAAUCCUGAUACAUAUUAUCCGCUCAAUAUCAUUAGAGAUAAUUUAAAUGUAAUCUAGUAAUAUCUUGAAACAAAUUAAUUUUUUAUACGGUUUCUUACUUUGAAAUAUCAAGAAAAUUAUUAGUGAUUUAGUUUAUGGUGUAUUUGAAUAUUUAAAGUUGUAUAGACUGUGUAUUUGUGUAAAAUGCGCUACAAGUUGGAAAUAAUUUAUUUGGUUAUUCUAAAUAUUAUUUUUGUGACGUCACCAGGCAUGGCUCAGAGGAACGCAUCUCUUCCAUUGUCACCUUACAGUUUCCGGAACAUUCUUCGCGCUAUGGUGCCCGUUCCGCGCGGCCGAGUGGCUAACUCCAAGGACGUUAGGAUUCUUUAUUACGGCAGGGACAUCAGCGAGCCGGCGGUAUACCACUACGCGACUCUCAAACAAUUGCUGGCAGAGCCCGAGUUCGACAUUACAAAACCCACUUCGCUGUACAUACACGGGUACGUGGAGCAGGCUACAGACGACAGCAUACUGACAGUUGUGCGUGCAUACCAGCGUCGUGGCGGUCACAACUUUCUGCUGCUGGACUGGAGCAAUCUUGGCUUCGGAAACUACAUCAACGUUAUACUCGAUUUAAAGCUGCUUGGUGAGGAAACAGCCAAGGCAAUGGCGAAGCUACUCAAAGGUGGUCUCCCUAUCGAUAGACUGCAUCUAAUCGGUCACUCGCUGGGAGCACAUCUCGGCGGCUUCUGUUGCAGAUAUCUGAAGACUUUAGGAUAUAAAGUGCCCAGGUUAACAGUACUAGACGCUGCAUAUCCUGGUUUCUAUCCGGCCUUAUUCCUGAAGCCGCUGACUCCUCAGGACGCACGCUUUGUCGAUGUCAUCCAUACAGAUGGCGGGGGCUUUGGCGCGCCCUCGGCGAUAGGACAUGCUGACUUCUGGCCCAACGAAGGACGCGCUAAACAACCGGGAUGUUUACCUCUCACAGUGCCGCUUACUGUUGAAGACUUCUGCAGCCACUGGAGGUCGUGGCGGUUCUGGGCGGAGUCUGUGGAAGGCGGCGUGUUCGCGGCGCGGCGCUGCACCGGUUACGACGCGUUCCUGCGCGGCCAUUGUCACCACGAGCCCAUAGUCCUCAUGGGGUAUAACGCUACCCCCAUGUUGCGUGGAAAUUAUUAUUUAAGAACGGCGGCGGAAUCUCCCUUCGCUUUGGGUGAAAGAGGCGCAGACUGAUGCGAAAAACUAAAAUUAUACUCAUUAACUAGUUAUUGUAUUUAAUUAAAAAAUAGACUGUUAAUUAUAAUAGAAAAUAUCGGCGUUAGGUGCAUAAAUGUUAUUGCUUAAUUUACUAGUCUGUAUUAGCCCUAGGUCACUGUUUUUAGGCCAUCUACUGUUGAUCCUAGCGUGUAGUUUUAUUACUAACAAUCCGUUAGAAUACUUCGUCAUUCUUAAAACCAACUAAAUACUUGUUACGAUUAUCAUUCAUUUAUAUAGAAGGCAAAAGGAAGGUCGUGGGAAAUAAAAUU